AAAUGCUUGUAGAUCCUGUCCACAUCACUGAUUUUCUCAAGAAGGCCACCACACAUCCCUGAAGCACUUGUCGAGCUUGAGAAAAAUCCCACAACUGAGAACCUAGACUGGUUCUAUGGUCUUCUGGCUGGAUUUGUCAUCUGCACAACUGGGCACAGAAGAGGCGUCAUAUCAAAUAUGACAGUUGAGGAAGUUGGCACUGCUGAAGCGGAUGGUGAUGGCCGGCGGAUAAUCAGAGUAAAAGAGCACAAGACCAAAGAAACAUUUGGCCAUGCACUUGUUCCCCUAACGAAAGACGAAUACAUAUGGUUUCACCGCUUUGUGUACCACCGCCACAGAUACCCUGGUGUAUCAUCACAAUUGGUUUUUGCCAACACCAAUGGAGGGCCUUAUGCUAAGAUGCUGACAUCAUUUCAAGAUGCAUGGAGGAAGUUUGGUAUCCCAGGAAAACCAACCUUCUCUAUGAUUAGGAGCAGCAUCAGCACUUUUAGUGGGAGAUCCUUGGGAACCCAAAGCAAGGUACAAGUCCACCGGAUGAUGUGCCAUUCUGAUGCAACUGCAGCGAGGUUUUAUGAGGCAGAUUUAAACUUGGACGAAGCCUUCAAGUGCCGCAACAAUGCUGCAAAGGCACUUGCUGCGAACAAUAGAACCAGAGACUCUGAGGAAUCUACAACCUCAGAAGACAAUGAAGAUGUGUUGCAGAGAAGAUAUGCUGGACCAAAGAAAAGAAAGUCUAGUCAAAAUGCCACAAGAGAAGAAAUUGUGAAAAAGAAGACCAAACAGCACGCAAACACCAUUGACACAGACAGCAGCAAAGAUGAAAGUAACAAUGAAGUCAGGAAAAUCAUUGACCCGGCAGCAGGAAACACAUCUGGAAAACACCGACAUAAACAGAGUGGCAGGGGAAGAGCAAAAGUGACUACAGAGAGUAGUGAAGGUGAAGAUUAUGAUGAUAACUGUGAACACAUUGACCUUACAGCAGCAGGUACAUUGGGAUCCACCAAAGGUAAAGAUAAUGCUAAAGAAAAGGGAAAAGCCACAAAGGACACAGGACAUUUCUAUAGUCAUACUCAGUUUCUUAAAAACAAGUCUAAAUGUUGGGAAUAUCCUAAAAUUAUCUUAGAAAGAAAUGCAAUCCAAACACAAAUACAAAAAGUUGUUAGACCAAACGAAACAACUGAGGGUGUGAACCAAACACAGACAGAGACAAUAGAUGAAGACAAUGAAGCCUUGAGGCCAGAAAGUUUGAGUGAAAAUGAAAACAGUAUGCAAACAGUGACUACAGAUAACGAAGAAGACAAAGCUGAAGAUUAAAAUGGUCCCUUGUUGAACACAACAGACAUAGACCAAGAAGUUUCCAGUGGAGUAGUGAGAAAAACUACAGAAAAAAUAAAAGGAAUGAGCACAGAGGACAUAGGCCGAGAUAAACAUGGACCACAGAAAAAGACAACAACCAAGGAAAAAUGCAAUUUGAGAUCAGAAGGAACAACAGAAGAAGGAAUGAGAACACAGACAGAGACUAUAGAAAAAGAGAAAGGUUUGAG